GGCUCCAGGUGCCCCCCGGCUCCCGGCCGCGGCGAGCCCCAUGGCCCCCCGGGGGGGCGAGGCGGGAGCCGCCUGAGCCCCGCGGCGCUGCCCCGUCCACGCGCGCUCCGGGCCGGCGGCGGGGGCCCUGGGGCGCUAUGCGGAGGCCGCGCGCCGCGGGGAGAGCCGCGCAGCCGCCCCCCCGGCGCGCCCGAGCCCCGCUCCGCGCGCGCGCGCCCCGACCCGCGGCCCCCGACGGCUCCCGGGCCCCGGCCGGCCCGCGCCUCGCCCGCCUGCUGCCGCUGCUGCUGCUGCUGGCGCUGCCCGCCCGCGUGGACACGUCCUGGUGGUACAUCGGCGCCCUCGGGGCCCGCGUGAUCUGUGACAACAUCCCUGGGCUGGUGAGUCGGCAGCGGCAGCUGUGCCAGCGCUACCCGGACAUCAUGCGCUCGGUGGGCGAAGGGGCCCGGGAGUGGAUCCGGGAGUGUCAGCACCAGUUCCGCCACCACCGCUGGAACUGCACCACGCUGGACCGCGACCACACCGUCUUCGGCCGCGUCAUGCUCAGAAGCAGCCGGGAGGCGGCGUUCGUGUACGCCAUCUCGUCCGCGGGGGUGGUGCACGCCAUCACGCGCGCCUGCAGCCAGGGUGAGCUGAGCGCGUGCAGCUGUGACCCCUACUCCCGCGGCCGACACCACGACCAGCGUGGGGACUUUGACUGGGGUGGCUGCAGUGACAAUAUCCGCUAUGGCAUUUCGUUUGCCAAGACCUUCGUGGAUGCCAAGGAGAAGAGGCUUAAAGAUGCCCGGGCCCUCAUGAACUUACAUAACAACCGCUGCGGCCGCAGGGCUGUGCGGCGGUUUCUGAAGCUGGAGUGUAAGUGCCACGGCGUGAGCGGCUCCUGCACGCUGCGCACCUGCUGGCGCGCCCUCUCGGACUUCCGCCGCACGGGGGACUACCUGCGGCGGCGCUACGACGGGGCCGUGCAGGUGACGGCCACCCAGGACGGCGCCAACUUCACAGCAGCGCGCCAGGGCAACCGCCACGCCACCCGGGAUGACCUUGUCUACUUCGACAACUCCCCGGACUACUGCGCCUUGGACAAGGCGGCAGGUUCCCUAGGCACCGCGGGCCGGGUCUGCAGCAAGACAUCGAAAGGGACAGACGGCUGUGAAAUCAUGUGCUGUGGCCGAGGGUAUGACACAACUCGAGUCACCCGUGUCACCCAGUGUGAGUGCAAAUUCCACUGGUGCUGUGCCGUGCGCUGCAAGGAGUGCAGAAACACUGUGGAUGUCCACACGUGCAAGGCCCCCAAGAAGGCAGAGUGGCUGGACCAGACCUGAACAUCGGGACACCUCCCUCAUCCCUCCACUGCGAACCUCCUGACUCCAAAGCACGAGAUCUUUGCAUGCACACCUUGCUCCACCCUCCGCCUUGGGCUGCUGCAGCUUCUAUUUAAGGACUUGGAGAGUGAUCCAGAGGGACUGUGGUGUCCUGGCUGGUUGCUUAGCCCUGGGAAGGAGUUGACAGGGGAUGUAAGAAACUGAGUGGCUCCCUGAUGCCCCCCUUUGGAGGUUAGAAAGGAGAGUGGAAAAGGUGGGGUCUCCAGAGUGAUGUGAGUUGCACUAAAGCACGUGGUCAAGGUUCAUUUUCCUUUCCCUUGCACUGGUAUCCUGACACUUGGGUGUGCAAGAGGAAGGGUUCCUGGAAAGAGACGCCUUUUGUUCUCACCUGGCUGAGGGUUAAGGGGACAGAGGUGAAACUACUUAUCUCUUCCCUGGGUCAGUUUGAGCAGACUCCCUGGUACCCCAAAAGAGCUCUUAGGCCACAACAUUCCACAUUACUGAGAGGCUGGGAUCGCUAGACAAGAGUUGCCAUAGUGGACAAGGUUCCAAUUCACAUGCUCAUACAUUUAUAAACUGCUGUGUUUAUAGGAGAAAAAAAUUAUGUGACUAUGGAAACACACAUCCUUGCCCAGGCCCUCGCUAUCGCUCUGUAGCUGCCUCUUUUGCUCACGUGCUGUCUGUUCAAACCGAGUGGCAGGCAGCGGUUCCCAUGCCUGAAGGUCAUCAGACUACCCGGGAACACUCCUAGGAAAGAGUGACUUGGGAAGUUUGUCCAAACCUUGGGGUUUUGCUUUUGUAAACUUUCCAUGCAUUAUUUUCAGGGUCAGCCAGGUUUGGGACACAGUAGAAGACGUGCCACUCGUGGAGGGCGGGAAGGAGAAGGCCUGAGCCACACGAGGCAUCCGUGUCCACUAAGCGAGGUUUUUAGGGGAGGAGCCAAGCUUUUGAAGUGCGCAGUGGGAGCCGGUGGUCACAGGGGAAGGCGAGCGGACUUGGGACCAAAGUGGUAACAGCUUAGAAAGCAGCUUUCCCCCACUUACUCAACAAUCUUUAUCUGGUGAUUCUUCAAGUCCUGGUGAUGACCGUUCACUCCACGUUUGGCUUAAGUAGGAGGGAUGUUCCUUCUACCCCCUGCCUGACUACACGACAGUAGCAGUUUCCAGAGACAGGUUUAGUAGCUAGAGGGUGGGCCACGGAGUCGCCUACCCCAUGAUGGGGCACAGACAGCAGUUAUCUCUUCCCUGUUGCUAUUUUGAAGGCUCAGAGUGGUACAGAAGUUUCUAGUCAUGACAGACCUGAGUUAAGAUCACAAUCACUUAACUCUUAAUCACUUAACUGUUUUUGAUAUUUGAGCAAGGUGUCCCAAUUCUCUGAGCCUCUAUCUUCUCAUCUGUAAAUGAGGGUACAGACCUUUCUCAUAUACUGAGUUUCAAUUAUGCCCCAAACUCCAGGCAACAGAUGCCCUUACCAAAGCCCCUAGUGGGGUCCUGGCCCAUGCCGACCUCUCAGAACCACCAGCUCAGAACUCCUGAGUACCGCAGCGAACUGUCGAUCACAGCCCUACAGGCAGAAUCUGAACGUAGCGCCCAGCCUCCUCCCCACCCCAAGUUCCUCUCCAGUACCCCUUGGGGUCCUUGCAUGUUUGUGGAGCAACUUCACUCUGCUCAGGCAGCAGCAGGAUGAGGGAGCCACAGCUCUGGGCCAUGGGGGCAGAUUUAUUUGGUUGAUAGGACUAAUAUUUGUGUGACCUGCUGAGACCUGUGUGGGAGAGUUUAGGGUGGUUUUUCUUAUGGUGAGGGGAUCUGCUCCAGUUUCACAUCCAUUAACACAAAACAUGAGCUACUCAGGGCCCUUGUGGUCUGUGGUGAGGGGAUUCCUGUGGAGAAACCAGGCUGAGUGAGUCAGGCUAGGGGAAUGUCUUCCUUGCAGAGUGGAGUCAACUGGAUAACUGAUGAGCCAAUGGUGGGAUGAGGGAGGGGGGAAUGGGGCGGGAGAGAAGAACUUCUGACAUCUUGAGCUGGGAUUAAGAGGCAGAAAGCUGUGGGGUAUGGAAGGUAAGGGGGUCAGAAUCAGCCCGAACUCAAGAAGAGAACAGAGAGUUCACAAAAGGGGGCUGGCCUGUGUCUGGGCACCUGGGAGGAGGAGAUGCUCUGCUUCCACAACAGCCUCCACGCUCCCACCUGAGCGAGGGUGUGGGCCUUUCAUGGCAAACCCGCCAGAGUUAAAUUUACCUGUGCUCUGUCUGUCCCCUACUCGCUGGUUCUGACCCUGUGCAAGGAAGCAGGCCUCUCCUGGCAUCAAAGCUGCAGGGAGCUCUUCCCUGGGCCCCAAAUUCUAGCUCUUAAAGACCCCAGUUUUGUAAUUUUCCUGUAUGUGCUUAAGAGAAGUCGAGAGAGCAAAAAGUUUGCAAAAUGAGGAGAGUGGCAAGAGAAAACAGCUCCACGCGAGCCUCACUACAGAGGCUAUGUGGCCCCAAGAAGGAAUGAUAGCCAAGCAACUAAUUUCCCCCCUUAUUCCCCAGCUUGCCCCUGCAUUCCGACUGGCUUUAGACAACUGGCGUGUAUUCUGCACUACACAAACAGAAACUAAUUUAUUUGGAACAAGCAGCAAAAUGAGAGCUUUAUUUGGUGCAGUGAGGCUCCAUGUAGUUCUGCUGCUGCCCCCUCACUGCCCUCAUCUCCCAUCCCACCCCUACUCCACAGAGGGCUGUCCGUCGAGCCAGCACGGUCUCUUAGCCCCCUCCUCUCUUCCACUGCUUCAACUUUUAACAUUUAGAUGUAAUGCAUUUCCGAAAGUGCUGUUUAGACAGAGUUGACGGAAAAGAUGCGAUCCCAUAAGGACCUUCGAAGGCACAUGACUGUAGGCUCUCAGCUGCACCGCCGGUAGCCAGUUUCUGACUUAAAAGCAAGCAUGCCAGCCCAGCCAGCCCUGCAGAAGAGCCCGCCUGUACUGUGGCGAGCCGGAGCAACAGCACUAAUCCACACUCUUUCUUGGAGUGAUGCUGGAAAAAUGAAAUCAGGGACUCAGAUUAAUUAAAAGAGUCCAGUGUUACCUGAUCCAGGGUCUGUCUGCAGAGAGUCUUGAAGGUCUGACUCAUGACCACUCACUGCCUCAUUUCUCUUCCUCCCUGUUUGUGAAGAGUAAUUUCUUCUCCUUUCAAUCACCUGCCUUAGCAGCAACACCAAGCACUAAGUCCUUUGCCAAAUACUCAGACCCACACAGGACACUGGUUUCUACAUGACUUAACAGGAGACAGACAAAGGGGUUUUUUUUCACCCAGCCUUUCUGAGGCUUUUAUUUAAAUGCCCUCAGUAGUCACAGGGCAGAAGCCCAAGGAAGGACACCAGGGAGAGGAUGUUUCUCAUCCCAGGGAGGCUGUCAGACGAGCUCCUGCCGCCAAAUUACAGCACCAGAGAACAAUGUGAUGCAUUCCUGGGCAGGUCGGUGGGACCCUGGGCGCCUGGGCCUUGUGGAGAGAGGUGCCAGACACAGAGCUCUCCGUAAGCAAUCCUGCAGAGCCGCCCCCUGGGUGCAGAAAUGAAAUACGGGAGAGCUUCACAUUACACAGAGACCUGUAGCUCACACCUGGUUAUUGAUGGCCUUGGCGGAGGCCUCUGCCCCCACCCUCUACUUAGGAACGCCUGCUGCUCGGGGGUUGGGCAUCUUUGAAGGGAUGUUGGAAAACAAGAGAUGCUUCCCUUUCACUUUUUGCCCUCCCUGUCAGCUCUCGCCCACAGCCAUGAGGAUACAGGCACACAUGAGGUACACUUGUGUACACACACACACAGCCUCCUUCAGUAUGCACGAGAGUGCUACUCAUCUUCCCUUUUCCCAUCAAUUAAAAAAAAAAAAACUAGGCUUCAAUCAAAUCCUUUAAAAAUCCUAUCAGGGGUUCAGGUAUAAGCCAAGGAGUAUUAAAAAGAAACAUUAUCAGCACGCAGGCAGUUGUUUGGGGGGCAGGGGGCUGGUACCACCCUGGUAGAUGGCAGGAAAACAGGCAGAAAGGGUACAGAGAAAAGGGCUCAACAGUAGACAGUGAUGACCCAAGCAGAGUGGCUAAGACCAAAGAACUCCUGGCUAGACAUAGAGCAAUUCGUGGCUCAUGUGCUGUGGAUGACAGAGAAGUUUCCUACGACCGCUCAAGAUACCGUUUCUAAGCCAGCUGCUCAUGCCCUGCUGUUUUUGAUUCUAUUAGGUUAGAAAGCAGGGUUCCAGCUUUGGGUUCCAGAGAUGAUUUCCAGAAGGGAGGCACUGGAAGUAGAGAGAGCAGUGCUGCUCUCGGGUCAAUAUGCCACAGUUGCUACACUGAACUGAGCUUCCCCAUACCUGUCAUUCUCUUUGGGUGACUGGCAGCUUUCAGGCACAGCCAGUGGGCUGUCAGUGAUAUGCCUGUCUCUGCCCCCAAAGGCCAAAGGGGUGGAAAUGGUCUGUGAGCAUCUUUGUGGCUUUUCAUUUACUUAAGACGUGUUAGUCAUCCUGGAUUUGAGAAAGCAAGGUAAGACUGUCCUUUUGGUCUCCUAAUUCUGAACUACCCUGGCUUAAAAAAAUUGCCUUUGCUCUCACUUAAUUCUGCCUGUGAAUCUGUGGCUGGAGCAGCUGGACAUGGGAGUUCUUUCUUUGACCAAAGGCGCCAAAAUCUGAUGACUAUUUCACCACCAGCAGCCCCUGUAAACAGGCCAAAACAGGAAAAGCUGAGUAAAGAAAAAAUAAAGACAACCUCAAGGUGGGGUGUCCCCAAGAAUAAGUAAGUGUGAUGUUCAUAAGAAGCUCUUUCUGUACAGAAUGCUUUUGUAGACACAACUGUCACACCAACCCUGCGAAGAAGGAAUUACUCUCACUGCACAGGGGUUGUUCAGAGGCUCAGUGAUUUGUUCAGGGUCCCCUGGCUUGUGAGUACCCAGAACACAAACUCAGGGCUACUGCCUUCACAUCCCGUGUGCGCUCCUCAAAGACUGAGGAUGCCUAAGGCUGCAGAGUCCCAGCACCUUCAGAACAAAAAUGGGUGCAAAACAUUUUAGGAGACUGCAUUUGAGCAGAACUUACAAAAGGAACAGCUAAAUCCCUCCCUAACUUCAUAAAUGAGUCCCCCUUUGAAAUUUCUGCCACCACCACACUACUACCAUGAAAUAAUUUUAUACCAAAUAGCCUACAUUUAAUUAACUCUGGCUCCUCAAUCUCUCUAUUCCUUUUUUCUUCUUCAGAUUAACACUUAAAAGUUUUGUUCUAAUUCUAUUUAGUUAUUUUAAAAUCAUGCUAAAUGUGUAGACAGAGCAGUCAUGAGAAGUCACAAGAGGUAAUUAUUAAUUUAGGCUUUGAGCUUUUAAAGUAUGUAUUGGAAUUUCCUUUAAGACUUUUUUUUUUUUUAAUGCUGUCAACCCCUGGGCUGCGACAGUUAAGAACCGGGAAUGAAGGUGCCAAAAAACCCUGCUAUUCCAGGCCAGGUGCCCACUCAUGGCCUAGCAGAGGUCCUGGGACAUCUAACCGAGACAGUUUAUCCACACCCAGGCCAGGAGAAUCUACCCUGCAGAGAAACCCCUGCAAAGUGAGGCAGACAACAGAUUUUCACUGGAUCAAAAACUUUUGCUGCUCUCACCCCCCCCCUCCCACCCUAAUUCAAAAUCUGGACUUCUGUUUAGGUCCAAGACAGUGAGACAAAGCAGCUCCAAGAGAUGUGUGCAAGGGGAACGCUUCCCUGUUCAGCCCUGGAAUGCACUCCGUUAGAGACAAUGAACACCCUCACAUGCCCUACUAGCCUGCUCCUGCACCCCAACUGUGAAGGCACCGAAGGGAAAACUGCAGGAACACAAUGUUCAUCAAUCACAGACCUGGAAGGUUGUAGCUCCCUGACCUGGGCCUCCACUUGAGCCAGGGGAAGAACACCUCACGGAACAGUCUACCUAUAGACAGGAUUUCUCCCCCAGCAGACUUUACUUUUUGGUCCAUCGAUCUUGACUCUCACUGUUCUCCCUGCUUCCCACCCCCACUGCCUCCGCAUGUGGGCUCAGAAGUCAUCAUCUAAAGAAUUCCAUUGCUCACCUCCUGCAUAGCAGCACAGCCCCAUGAGGCCACACACCAGAUGGAGGGGAUAAAAGUACGAGGUCAUGGCUUCUAGCAAGAGGCUUUUUCUUAAACUAACCCUGACUUCUGGAAAAGAGGCAGAGCAGGAGAGUGUCGGGUGAGCUGCUGACGACAGCAGCUUCAUAGGUCUUGUGUAAAAAAGAAGGAAAAAACUAACGACUUUUGGUGGAAAUUUUCUUACUCCCAUCUCCAGACUAUUCCUGGUCUCACAUCUUGAAGGUGUCUGAGUAGAACGCAGAGAUCAUCAAACCGAAGAGUUAAAUCCUUUCCAGUUGUAAGGAUCUGUUCAGCAGGCUGCCACACACAUGCUGAGGUGGAGGCCAAGCCCUGAACACAUGCCCUGUUUCUCCAGGGUUAUAACAAUGAAGUAAAGGGGGAAAGGGUAUGGAAGGUGAACUAGAACUCAGGGGAAAUUGAAAAAGCUGUCAGUGGGCCUUCAAAAUGUGUGUACAUGAUAGAAAACAAGGGGUGGAGGAGGGCUAUUUCUGAGAAGUGUUAGGCUUAUUACGUGACAAUGUACAGAAGCAACAAUUGCAAAGGAACAAAACAGUUUCAUGGACAAAGAACAGAUGUCUCAGAAAAAAGGAAUAAGGAGAAUGAGAUUAGAUCAGGCUUUCUGGGAGAUGACUUGAGUUGGAUUUUUAAAAGAUAAGCUGUGACCUAGUUGAGGGCAGGCAGAGGAAGGCAUUCAAAAUAAAAGGAACAGGUAUGUGCUGAAACUUAGGAGCAAGAAUGUGCAAGUAAUAUAUAAGGAAUUUCAUGCAAGUACACAUUAUAUGCACUGGGGAAUACCGAGAAAUCAGAAUGCUGAGAUGAGGGCUUAAAUAAUUUGAGGUGACUGCAUGUGCCUACGCUGUCAGAUGGCUCAGGGUUCCCCGCAGAGCACGCAGCAUCUUGACCUGUCAGUAAGCACCAGUGCACCGACGGGGAAGCGCGGGAUGCGUCUAUUUCUCACAGAUGCUAACACCCACACUGCAAAGUUCAACAAAACGCUAAGUAUCAUUAACUACAACUCCUGAUCAUUUGAUACUGUGAACUAAAUAAGAGAGAUCAAAUAUCCUAUCCAGAGCUAUGACGCAUUAAUAUAGGUUUUCAGGCUGAGAACUUGUCAAAAGUCAAGCCAAACCCUUAAGAAAUUAGAAUAUAAAAAGGAAUCAUUUCAAACAGAAAAUGUGUUUCUUUCCCUCACUCGCGACCAUAAAACUUGACUGGUCCCCAAUAUCUUGUGGGACAUCCCCAGCCUUUGUGGCUAGCAGAGUCAUCCUAUCUGAGGCUAGCGUGAACACAAGAACUAUGAACAGCUUCGGGGAUUGCAAAACCAGCUCACUAACGAGUGAGAGGAUAGUUCUCGUAUCCUCUAGACUGCUACAGCAGCAGCCAAAGUCAAGACAAAUUCUAAUUUCAUGACUUCCAAGUAGGCCUCUGGCUUCCUGCAUUUGUUGAAAGUAAAACCAGAGCUACUUAUUUGACUUUGGUCUUACUUAUAAAUCAGACUUCUUUAACCUCUGAGAACAAAACUCACAAGAACCACCGUGUUCUUCAACAGCACCUCCUGGUGCCACUGUCAAGCCCAGAAUAUUGGAGUGUAUGUAUGAACACCAAAUAAAGCCAAAAAGG